UUUUCAUGGUUUUUACAGCCUCCAAGGCUGGAUCCUUUCUUUCAUCAUUAGUUCAUAUCGAAAUCUCCUACUGUCUAAGUCGACAACGACCACGACAACGCAACGACGGAAAUUGUAUUUAAAUGGACGGUUACGUUUCUUUCGUUUUCCACAUCAAUUAAGUCCGCAUUGUAUCUUUUGAGUUCUCACGUGCUGUGAAAACGGUCGUGGUCCCAGGAGCGGUGGUGGUGAUAAAUUGCAAGAUUUCGUUGCAGUCAAUUAUAAUUCCGUAAUUCGCACAAGUGAUACGGAGCAGGAACGGAUAAGAAAUUUAAAAUUAAUAAGAAUUUGCAUCUUGAAUUUAAGAUUGAAUUGAGUGUGCGAGAUAAACAGUACUAUCUGCGAAUAGAGUGGAGUUCAGUGUGAGGUUAUCGGAUGGUCGGAGAUAUCUAUAAAUCAUUAACUAGCAAAUACCGGAGGCAAGGCAUCUGCACCACCUACUGGACCGGGCGCCUCGCUUGUUGCUGUUCUGUGUUUGUUUGGUCACCAGACACUCUGAAGAUUGGUCCAGCUCCCUGAGCCAAUAAAUCAAGGUGCAAGUGUCGGCGAUAAAUAGUGUUGAUAAUCAGAUUCUAAGUACAUAAUCCGGAUUGCAGUGAUCUGAGCCAUUAGGUCUAAUAUCGCACUUACUGCUCUGUUGAUUUAAGAUUAGUGGUAUCAGUAGUGAAGAGUAAUUAUCCUUCGUCUUGUAAAAUGGCCGUCUGCAGUGUUACCGUUGUAGUUGCAAGUGUCCUUGCUUUUGCAGUCGUUCUAACCAAUGGCCUCAAGUGCUACAUGUGCGGUCAAUACAACGAGGGCGUGGGCUCGAUUACACCAUGCCUUAACUACUCUGAAAAAUACGCCCAUCUGUACUUGAAGGAAUGCAGUAGACCCAGCGAAAGAUAUUGUGUUAAAUACGUUAGUGAGCUAUCAACUGUUCGUGACUGUGCUACAGAAUGUACUGAGAAAGAGGUCUGGGAAACGCAAACUUAUUGUUGUACGGAAGAUGGCUGCAACGGUGCCAAUAACAUUUCAACACCAAAUUCAAUCAUGCUCUUUCUAUUCCUGAUUUUUGCAAUAUUAAAUGUUAUUAGACACUAAAACAUGCUCUAUCGUUUUAUUUUGAAAAAUUCUCUUUUCGCAUAUUUCUAAUUUAAAUCAUAUAUACAAAAAAUUAAAAAAAAAAAAAGAUAAAUACAAAACAAAACUCUCCAAAAAUCUUCUCUUAUAUUUAAUUCAAUCUGGAAUUUAUUUAACUUUUUAUGUGAUACGAGGAAAUCGCAGAUAUUGCAUGUUACAUGCAUGCAUGCGGGCGACGAUUUGAUGAGAUGUAAUAUUUUAUUGAUUAAUUGAAAAUCAUGUAGUGAGUAAAUUCAAAACAGUGAAUUAGAGUGAAAAAUUGUUACUAUUGCGUUGUUAAUUCUAUUAAUUUGUAAUUGGCAGAAAUGGGACCUAUCACGUAUUAUAUGAAAAACGAGGAAACUAAUUGGUUGUAGCGUAAGUUUACACAAGUAACAAGUGAAUUUUUCAAGUAUUAAUGUUAUGACAGGAGAAAUUAUAAAAUCUAUUAACGAUUAAUGAUAAUUUAUAUGUUUAUCGUAAAGACACGUUAAUUGUAUUGACAUUGUGUUAUUAUAUUGCUCAGAGCUGAUGUGUAUCUGUUGUGUUAACACAUAGGUUCUUAAGGUAACGAUAUAAAAUUGAUAUCCUAUUUUUAAGCUUAAGAUUUCUGGGACACACAUGCUUUUUGGUUUUUCUUAUUGAUUUGUCUCCAACAUAAAACAUUCGAGAAAACAUGCGCCAUUUCGAAGAAAGCGUUAUCGUAGUUUUACCAGUCUUCCCGAUAUUUUAAAUAUCACUACAAUAUAAUUCAAUGAAAGGACAUAGAAGCGUGUGGCUUUUGCUUAAGUGAUUUAGAUUAUAUGAUUUGGUUGAUUACGAGAUUGAUUAUUUAAUGGAUUAAUCUUCUUUGAAUAAUAUGGUAAAUAUUAAGAUGAUUUGUUGUAUCAUGAUAGUGUUUUCGUAGGUUUUUUUUUAGAAACUAUUGAAAGUUUUUUAUUUUAUUAAUUUCUGUUUUGAUUGCUAUAUUGAUACUAUGUUACUUAAUUAUUUUCUUUAGAGAAUUGUAAAUUGUAAAAUUAUCUGCACUCGUAAUAAUAUUUUAAUUAUCAACUCAGUGACGCUGAUCGUGAUGGUAAGCAAAAAAACUAUAUUACGCCAUACGUUUGAACUAUUCAUUUCUGUUAGUACUCAUAUGGGCAAUUAUUAUAUAUUAAUAUUCACAGCGUUUCCAGCAUUUACCCGUAAGCAAUAGUCAUAACGAAGGAUUUAUAUAUAUAUAUUAAAGCUUAUUUAAUUCAAUAAACUUAGUUCGCCAUGA